GUGCUUCAUUUUAAACCAAUUUAUACAUUAGGCUGCUUCAAAAAAAAGGGCAGCAGGGGGCAGGGGGAGAGAUCGAGAGAGAAUAAGUUCUUCUCCAUGGAUUCAUGAAUUCUGUGCUGUUUGGAAAUCCCUGCCCUCUGACGUCGAGGGAUUUAUAGGUUUAGUGGAAAUUGCUUUCCCCACUGUCCAGAUUAAAUACUGAGGGAUGUUUUUUUUGUAUGAGUAAACAUCCUUUCCAAAUGAACAGACUCAUAAUGUCUUAAAAAGCAAAACAAAAAGGAUCUUUAUUUUUAUUUUUUCUUCUUCUUUUGUGGACUAUUUCUGGAUAUAAGGCCAGAGGAUAUCAUGUUGACUGUCUAUAAAAUGCACUUCAGUAUUUUCUUGCUGUUUUGGGGAUGGCUUUUAUCCACAGAAUGCAAAGCUCACUGGCAAGGAAAAGAAAUACAUGAAGUCUAUAAGAAAGGCAGUCGGCCUCAAAGACAGAGAAGAGAAACACAUGGAGAAUCACACAAGCAAGGCAGCCCAAUACUAAAACGAAGUCCUGACAUUACCAAAUCGCCGUUGACAAAGUCAGAACAACUUCUAAGAAUAGAUGACCAUGACUUCAGCAUGCGACCUGGUUUUGGAGGGCCUGCAAUUCCUGUUGGAGUAGAUGUACAAGUUGAAAGCCUGGAUAGUAUUUCAGAGGUAGACAUGGACUUCACCAUGACACUUUACCUCAGGCACUACUGGAAAGAUGAAAGAUUAUCAUUUCCAAGUACCAAUAACCAAAGUAUGACCUUUGAUGGCAGACUAGUGAAAAAGAUCUGGGUACCUGACAUGUUCUUUGUGCAUUCCAAACGCUCAUUUAUCCAUGAUACCACUACCGAUAAUGUCAUGCUUCGCGUCCAACCAGAUGGGAAGGUACUUUACAGUCUAAGGGUCACUGUAACAGCCAUGUGUAAUAUGGACUUUAGUCGCUUUCCUCUUGACACACAAACAUGUUCAUUGGAAAUUGAAAGCUAUGCCUAUACUGAAGAUGAUCUCAUGCUGUACUGGAAGAAUGGGAAUGACUCCUUGAAAACAGAUGAGAGGAUAUCACUGUCACAGUUCCUUAUACAAGAAUUUCACACUACUACCAAACUAGCCUUCUAUAGCAGUACCGGAUGGUACAAUCGUCUCUACAUUAACUUCACUUUACGUCGCCAUAUAUUCUUCUUCUUGCUCCAGACCUAUUUUCCUGCCACUCUGAUGGUCAUGCUAUCUUGGGUGUCCUUCUGGAUAGACCGUAGAGCUGUGCCUGCAAGAGUUCCCUUAGGAAUAACAACGGUGCUGACCAUGUCUACUAUCAUCACGGGUGUCAACGCCUCCAUGCCUCGAGUUUCUUACAUCAAAGCUGUGGACAUUUACCUCUGGGUCAGUUUUGUGUUUGUCUUCCUCUCAGUGUUAGAGUAUGCAGCAGUGAACUACUUGACUACGGUACAAGAACGUAAAGAACGGAAGCUACGAGACAAGCUUCCUUGCACUUGUGCUGUGCCCCAGCCACGGCAAAUGAUGAUGGAUGGCACUUACAGUGAUGGGGAAGUGAAUGAACUGGGACAGUAUGUAUCUGAAAAUGGAGAUAAACAAGACAGAAUGAUGGUCCAACUGGCCCUUGGUUCAGAAAGAAAUUUGAGCAGAAGGAAAAGCCAGAGAUACAGCAGCAUGAAGAUUGACACUCAUGCCAUUGACAAGUAUUCUAGAAUAAUAUUCCCUGGAGCAUACAUUUUAUUUAACCUGAUAUACUGGUCUAUUUUUUCAUAAUUACAGCUUUCCCCUCUUUAGCCAGUUUCUACGUGGUACAUGUGUUGACUGUAUGAAACUAAUGUCCACCAUUCAAAAUAAAAUGGCAAUAGACUAUUA